AUGUGUGCGAAGAUUGAAAAAUUAUUGCAGGAACAGCCAGAGGAGGAGGCGGGUCUGGCCGAGGUCAGGCAUUUUGUGACAGAGUAUGAGAAGUCCAAAGGGGAGGUUGCAUCCGACAGAGGGGACUCCUAA